AUGGUUCAGAACGUUCUCAUCACAGGUGCUGCCGAUCUACUCCUUCACUCAAAUGAUUCCUUCAAGGACGCAAAGUUCUUUGCUGCCGUUCGAGCGCAGGACCAAGUCGAGAGCGUAUCGAAGCUCGGGAUCGAGGCUGUCAAUGUUGACCUCAAUGACAACGCAGCAGUUGAAGAGGCGGUGCUUCGAAACGAGAUCAACAUUGUAAUCCACACUGCGGGUUCCAUGUACCCUGCCAUGACCACGAACCUCGUUGCCGCUCUUGGCCAACGCCAGCGAGAUAGUGAAAACAAAACCUACUUGAUUCAUUCAUCUGUGGCAACCAUGUUCACGGAGGAGGGUGGAUGGCCGGCCGGAGAAGUCAGGGAUACUGAUCCUCUCCUUAGCAAAGAGAGAGAGAUUGGCACGGAAAACCCGGUUAGACUGACAAACAUCCUUCUUGCAGACGAGGGCAAGGCACAGAACGUGACGACUUUGAACGUUGUCGUCCCUGUGGUCUAUGGCAGAGGCACUGGCGAGUGUCGAAAGCUGUCUGUCAACAUCCCUGCUUUCGUCAGAACUAGCAUCAAGCUGAAGGCUGUUUACAAAUUCGACGUCGAUGGUAGCCCAGCUGCAGUUCAUAUCUCGGAUUUGACGUCAUUCUAUCUCCUCCUCCUGGAGAAGAUCUUGCAACAAGAGCCGGUUCCAAGCGGUGAAAACGGAUACUAUUUCGCCCUGGCUCAUAGGUCUCCUUGGUGGAAGGUAAUGAAUGGUCUCGCCAAGGGCCUUUACGCCCGCGGGCUUGUGAACGAGCCCGAGGUCCAGGUGUGGCCAAGUUAUGACGAGGCCGCCGAUACUAUGGGAUUCCCACGCCUGUAUAUGCGAGCUAUCGGCACUUCCAGUGGGCACCUUAUCUCCGAGAAUGCACUGAAGCUUGGGUGGAAGCCAAAGUGGGACGAGAAGCGAUUCCUGGAGAGUCUGGAUGAUGAGAUCGAAGCUGUGCAGCAGCUGGAUACAGUCAAGAUGUCUCUUUUUGACUCAUUGAAGUGA